AUGACUAUCGUCGACAACCAUGGUCCACACAAGUUCAACGUCGGCUUCUGUCAGCAUACUUCCCUCAACCGCGCCCCGGAAGAAGAACCGUUGCAGCUGUUGCGUGGGGGCUUGUGGCCUGCGUCGUGGGAACAGCCUCGCACAGCGUUCACGAUGUCCGGCCUGCGCGACUUCGAACUGUUGUCCCUAAGUACGCAAAUGUCGACGCUAGACUACUGGAAGUACCUCACUCGCAGCAAGGAUAACGUGCUUACCCACCGCAUUACGACUCGAUACGCGGACCUGUUGGAGGCCUCGCGUUUAUAUUCCUUCAUCCGGCUCACGAAGCGCAACGACGUGGAACCCUCCUGGGCCAUGGGGGAGGGUGUGCUGGGUAUCUCGUGCCCAGCUUGCCCGCAACCAGGUAUCAACAUGCAUUCAACGCCACCGCCUAUGUACGGAGAGACCGACGCCGACGGGUAUCUUACCGGACUGUACAUUGUCUGCGACGGCAACUUCAAGCUCGUACUGAAGAUGAAGCCUGCCGACCUCCAGGACAUUCCGUUGUCCUACAACUCCAUGUACUGGGUUAACGAGACCGAGGCCGCCGACAUUCUGGAGUCGGCAAUCGAGGUUCCAAAGGAGGAAACGACUUGCCAUCAGUUCGGCGCAAUGGGAUACGGCCGCUACGCCGGGAGGGUGACGGGGAUGGUGGGCCUUACGUGCGUUAGACAUAUGGAGGUGAUGAGAAAUAGUGUCGUCGAUCUGACGAAGGGCGAAGGCUUCAAGUACGCGGACCUCUGCCACCUCAGUGCGACCAAGGCGUACUACACCCUCCCCAUGUUCAUCUCCGGCUACGAUAUCAACUGCCAAUACCGUAAGAAGUACGACGAGCGCGUGGCCCAGACGUGCGCGGCUUUCGCCGGCAUGACUUGUCUCCCCGAAGAUUCCCGUCUGCAGCCGUUCACGCUCGGUGCGGUGGGUAAGUGGCACCUCGCCGCGCACGAAGUUGGGUGCCGGUUCAAGUUCUCCUACAACUUUUUACCAGGCGCGGCAAUAACUGACGGCGAGGCUCUCGAGCGCAUCUGGGCGGCGAUUACGGGUCUAUCGGCACGAACUAAAGAGAUGAGUCCAGGGCACCGUCAUGACGUGCUCAACCAUCAUUGGAACGACAUGAACUCGCAGCGGUUGCAUAAGAUGCCCACCGUGCUCGCAGCUCGUUUCGAACCGACUCACCAGAUCAUCAAAGAUCUCCAGACGCAUCUCGAAGAACUCGAGAAAGGUUUCUCUAAGAAGGAACUCUCGUCGAUGAAGGCCACGGAGGCUCAGUUUUUGGAAGAUGUCGUGCACAUGGACCGGCACGCCGACCUGGUGAACCCGUACGAUGUGGACUUCAAUCGCGGUGACACCACGAAGGACACUACGAAGAAGUCCAUAGCGUCUGCGACAACAGACCUCGAGAAAGCUGUCGCCGAGCCCGGCAUGUCGCGUCGGGACAGGAAGGUGCUGACAGUGCUUUGCGAAGGAGUGGACUUGGAGAAGACGCGACGUUCUUUGCUGGAUCAACUUCAAAACAGCACAGAUGACGAGAAGGCCAGCAUCGAAAGCACACGGUCGAAGUUUCUAGAGCGUUACGCGAAAUGGGCAAAUGUCUACGACGCGCACAUCCAGCCAGCCCUCGAGGACGCGGCGGAGAACGUCAGCGUUGAUGGCUCCGAGUCUAACAUGUUCCCUCGCCGUCCUGAGUCCUACGGAGAUGUGGGUGCAACCUCCGGGAAGAAGAAGCAACGCGCCGACGCUUGGACGAAGGAGAUUGAAGCCAUCGAUAUUCCGAUGCCAUCCAACUAUGAGGCGAUCGUGUUAGCCCAAUCACCGGCACAACGCCUUGCGGAACUGGAGAUGAAGGUGCGGCGCCAGCACGCUCAAAAAUGUCUCGAAGUAGUUCGAACACAUCUGAUUCUCAUGGGGGCCCUCUCGGGAUGUCGGAGAAUGAUGUAG